CUCGCGUCUAUUCUGCGCCUCGGGAAACAACCUCCGCUCUCAGUGAAGCCGGGAUCGAGCGUGUGGAUCAUUUUUGCGCACCGAACAGGGCUUGCUGGGAAGAAGAAGGAGGCAAUCGAGGUUGGGACGUUUCAGAGGGAGGUGUUGGUACAGCCAUUGUCAAAAAGUUUCAGGAAUCAUCUUGUUCCAGAGUCGACUGCAACAACGCGACCUGAGCUCCAGGGAGAGAAACUGAAAACGUCCACAUCUACACACUGUGACCUCCACACCUGAACCAUGAUGGACGAGGAGAUCAUCGAGGACCAGACCAAGCUGAAGCAGGGCCUGAUCCAAGUGCUGCACUGCGUGGCCACCAUCUCCUCAGCAGCAGCCGUGAUUAACCCCAUCUUCGGCGUGGCUGGCUCCCUGAUCCGGGUGGUGCUACACCACGUCGAUGAUGAGGACAUCCGCACUCUGAAACGUGAGUUUGGCUCGGUCCACCAUAGGCUGGACCAGCUGUCUCAGCAGAACCGUAACACUCUGGUGCAGAUCAAGAAGGAGACGCUGAACAGCCAGUACUGUCAGGUGGAGGAGAACCUGAAGAACCAGUUCAGGAAGUUCAUGGAGAUGGUGGAGGCACGGCCGGACCUCCGCGAACGCAAGAAGGAAGACUUCGAAGAGAGCUACAGCAAUGACUUGGGUGAUCAGAACCUACACACGCUCUAUGAUGGUGUGGUGGGUAAACCGAAGCUCUUCAGCAGGCCCAUCCUGGAGGUUUACCUCAAACACUCGGAGGGCGACCGUCAUACCAUGGAGCGACUCUGCACACGUCUCACCUAUCUGUUCUGCAUCGGGCUCAUCGCCCUCAUGGGACACGCGGCCGUCACCGGAGACGACGAAGAGAGUCUGUGCGAAGAGUGGGCCGAGAAGAUGGAGCGCGUGCAGGAUAAGAUGAAGGAAGCUCUGCGCUUGUGCAAAUGAAGAAGCGGCAUCAUAAAAAGAGCUUUUCUCCUCUGCUGCUUUCUCCUUCAUGCUCCAGGGUCCAUCUUCCUCCUCUGACUCUUAACGUUUCUCUUUCUCUAAGCACUUUGUUGGGUCACCAGUUGAGAACAUAACGAUAACGAUUGAGCAUCUUUGGCUGCAUUUACACUGAACAUGGCAGUGUCAAGCCUCAUUAGUAUGUGGAAAUAAUACAUGCAUACAAAUGUGCAAGGUAAGCAUACAGAUCAGAUAUUUCACUAUCUAUGGAACACGUGUACACAGUCUGCGAUCACAUGACUGUUUCGACCGGCGCAUGGAGGACGAGGCCUCUCACGAGUGGACUCAUGUUGAGGUUUCAUGCCUUUUUAAGCCUCUCAAAUUUCAUAGUAACGACACUUUCGCUUGCAAGUCAGUAGCCACGCCCAUCCCGUAAUCACCUGAUUUCAGAUGUGGGUUACAUUUGAAAGACAAUGUUAGCAGGUCCUCCCAAAUCAAACCUGAUACAGGAAACAUCAAGACCCUCAGUGUGAAUGCAGCCUGUGUCAACCAAACACUUAUGAUAGAAACACAUGUACUAACACUACAUAGAAAAGCUUUGUUGGUAUAACAAGAUGCCAUUAUUGCCCAUUAUGUCUCAGUACUAUGAUUAAAACUUACUCUGCUAGUAAUGUCACUAUAUUACACACACACUAAUAUUGGUCCUUUCUCUGUAUUCUCUGGCUAAUAUAAAAUAUCACAACAUAACAUUUAAAUGUUUAUUUGAAAUUUGAUUCACUAGGGAUGCACAAUAUUAUCUGCACCAUAUUAUUGUGCAUAUCUGCAAACACACUAAGGUCCCCUGAUAUGGCUGUUGACUACAACAGGUGGCUCAAUAGGUGGCAACCUCCAUGUCCUCUGUGCUGGCGCCCUCUACUGCUUUCUUUUAUGUUUAGUUAUUUUGCACAAUGAAGAAAAUCUAUAUCUGACAUGAGUAAGAAAAAUAUUCACUACAGAAGAGACUAAAUGCAGUUGGUGGUAUUUACACACACACACACACACACACACACACAUAUACAUAUAUAUAUAUAUAUAUAUAUAUAUAUAUAUAUAUAUAUAUAUACACACACAUAUACACAUAUAUAUAUAUAUAUAUAUAUAUAUAUAUAUAUAUAUAUACACAUACACAUAUACACACACACACACAGUUAAGGGCUGCAACUAAGGAUUAUUUUCAUAACUGAUUAUUGUGGAUUAACUUAAAUGUCAGAAAAUGUUGCUCAAUGUUUCCCAGACUUUUACCUUCUUUUUCGCCAAAGCUAUUCAGUUUUAAUAUUUGUUCUAUGUAAAAGAACACAAAGUAUUCACAACCUCUGUGAAAAACCACAGAAUAAAACACAUUUGUUUAGUAAUGGACUAAUAAUCGAUUAAUCGCUGUGGCCCAGUUGCUGGAUUAACGUAUACUACAGCGAUCUUAGGCUGCAGUAGCUACAGUACUUGGUCAAUAUAAAAGAUGAAAUAAGUCUAUGUCCUGAUUGUAUUGUAUUGAUGACGAGAUGCCAAACACAAGCACUCUCUUUCUCUCUCAUGAAAACUACAGAUAUUCCAAAGUUGAACUAUGAAUGUAACGAAUCAUUUAAUCCUGCAUCUGUUAUCAGACAUGAGUCCAUGUCAGUGAAGCACUGACACAUGAUCAACACUGACUGUGCUGAGAACCAGUGUGAGAUAGAUACAGACACGCUCACCAGUCAGUGAAGACUAAAAACAUCCCAGGAUGAGCCAUGAUUUGAUUUGUUUGGUGUUUCCUUGCGUCCUCACUGACGCCAUGUUGUCAGUGAGUGUCUUGGUGCAGUCAGUGCUGACGUGAUGAUGCACUCUGCUUAUCUGUUGCUGUCCAGCACUACAUUUAACAUUUUUAUACUCCAAUGUUAGAAGCAGCUGCCACUGAAUUAUUUGUCUUAUUUGCCAUUUUCAGUAAAACACUAAAAGUAUAAAGAAACAAUGAUCACCUGUGUGAAGAACACUAAAAUCUGGAAAAUGAACAGUUCCAUUUUGCUUAUUUUAUAUUAUUGUAAACACUGCAUCACAACAGGCCACAUAUAACACUAUAUUUUAAUGCCUUUUUACUUUAUUUUUUUACCAAUUUAACUUGAAGAAUGAAUCAUUUCCCUUUGACUUGGGGAAUAUGCACUCUUAUUUUACAUGCAUAUAUAUAUAUAUAUCUAUCUAUCAUUUUUAAUGAGUUUCUUUGGUGUAUGUGUCGGUGUAUAUGUAUAUAUUUUUUUGGUCAUCAUCUGACCGGCAGGUUUUUGGCUUCAUUAUGCAAAGGCACUAUAUCUUGAAUGGACUCUGUGUGCUACACUUUAAACUGAAAUGUGUAAAUGUAAAGGUUCUAUUUUUGUUUGUCUAAACUGACCGCUGGUGUCCUGAGGUUUGAUCCUUUUUUUUAUCACUUAAAAACACAUGAUUUAUGAAACAUAGGACUUUAUUUUAGACUUCCCUAAGUCUGUGUCUGACGGCCAUUUGUCUUAUUGUUGCAACACAUUUACUAUGUGCUUCAUAAAUAUAAUCAACGUGAUGCAGGAAAUGUUUAUUUGAAACAUCAUAGAAAUAUGAACGUGUGAUGGAUCACUAUAAAUAAAUAUAAGUGAAUGCAA